UUGUGCACGCAAAUUACAAGGAACCGCCGACUUAUACUUAUAGAUUUGUCGCCGGAGAGACAGUACUAUAUAUAUGUCUUGUCUUCUUCCAAACACUAUUUCUCUCUUCGUCCUCGCCGUUUUAGGGUUUUCGUUCCUCCAAUCAUCUCUUGUUGUUUGCAAUAGCAGAGAACCCUUACCUUGCGAUCUUUCUCUGUGAAGAAGAAUUCAUUACAAAGGAACACGUUUGUGGAAAAAUAAAAUAAAACUGGAGAAAAAGAGUGACAUCUCUUCUCUGUUUACUUUUACUUUUCUAAGACACAAGGCACCAAAAAUGAUGACAAGUCAGCCUGAUUUUUUCCAUGAUGAUGAUGUUGUUUUGCAAUCUUCAGGACUGCUAGAGAUUUAGUGUUCGCUGAGUUCCUCCUGUUCAAGGUUUUACGUUUAGCGUUGUUAGCAGAUAGAAAUGGAACCCAACAUCGUCAAGGUAUCGGAUAGUAGUUUUAAAGAUAAACUUGAAAAAAAGAGAAAGCAUCCCGCGUACUUUACUUCAUACGAUUCUGGAAGGUCAGUUGCAAAGCUGCAAUGCGUGCUCUUACCCAACGAAAAGCUUGAUAAAAGGAGAAGACAUGAUGGUGGAAACAAAGUUAAUGCUACUGAGAAUCUCUCUGGGAAGUCUCUGGUCAGAUACUACUCUUACUUCAAGAAGACGGGAGUCCCAAAGCGAGUACUGUUCUACGAGAACGGUGAAUGGACUGAUUUGCCUGAGCAUAUUAUUUGCACCAUCAGGAAUGAUCUUGAAGCAAAGAGAGCUGCGAUCGAGGUGAACUGUUACGGUCGCCAUUUUGUUCUUGAUUUCUUACAAAUGCAUCGACUGGACUUGGGAACUGGUGUUAAAACACCCCUCGCAUGGAUUGACAUUGCUGGGAAAUGCUUUUUCCCUGACAGCGUGGGAAGAGACUGUAGAGAAGAAGAAGAUCAUGGUCAAUGUGAGAUCAAGCUGCACCUCGAAAUCGAUAUCAACGGUGGGAAAUCACCGAAGCUGAAGUUGAACAGUAGUGAUAGCUGCAGCCUUGAGCUUGAUGAUGAUGAUGAUGAUGCUGUCCAGAGGCGGGACGAGACGGAAGCUAGUAUGUUCUCUGGUGUCAAGCCUGCUGAGGAGGAAGAACUUGAUGUAGACGCUGUCAAAGAGAAGUUUGUUUUAGGUAUGGCCGCUCUAGGACAUGUAGAGCUGCUCGAUGCGUAUAAGUUUUCAGGUGACGUCGCCAGAGAUCGUCAAUCUCUUUUCAAGAAACAAGCCGACGUCACUAAGCUGAGCCGAGGAGAUGCCAACGUUAGAUACGCUUGGCUUCCUGCGAAGAAGGAACUGUUAUCUGCAGUGAUGAUGCACGGACUUGGUGUGUGUGGAGAGUUGAUCAAAAAGUCAAAGUAUGGUGUUGGUGUUCACUUGGCUGCUGCAAACUGCCCUUACUUCAGUGCGACACAUUGUGAUGUUGAUGAAAACGGUGUGCGUCACAUGGUUUUGUGCCGUGUGAUAAUGGGGAAUAUGGAGCCACUUGGUGGUGAUAGAGCUCAGUUCUUUACUGGUGGAGAAGAGUAUGAUAAUGGAGUAGAUAAUGUGUCGAGUCCGAAGCAUUAUGUUGUCUGGAACAUGAAUAUGAACACUCAUGUUUGUCCAGAAUUUGUAGUUAGCUUCAAGCUGUUGUCUAUCCCCAAUGCUGAAGGGAAUUUACUUUCUGCUACUCAGAGUAAGCAUGAGAGUUCAGGGCUCACUUUGGAAGGAACCAAAGGAUCUCCCUCCAAUCAGGGGCUAGGAAGCGGAAACAACAGUGCAGGUUCCAGCACUAGGAAGCCCAGCUCUAAUUUGAUGCCUUACCCUCUGCUCUUCAAUGCAAUCUCAAGCAAAAUUGAUCCGAAAGCCAUGGACUUGAUCACUGCUUAUUACCAACAACUUAGGGAGAAGAAGCUAUCUCGAGAGGGAUUUUCGAAGAAGCUGCGGAUGAUUGUUGGAGAUGAUGAUCUGCUGAGAACCACCAUUACAGCUCUUCAACGCUUGCCACACCCUGCUAUUAAAAUGGAACCGAUCACAAGUGGCUAUUAAAGAUGGAGUUAGAAAAAUGUGUCGACUUCUUUGUGCUGUCUUGACUUUAUAAUAAGAUUAAGACAAGGAACUUGUUCCUUUUUUAGUUUUCUCUUUGUGAAACAAAUCUCCAUUGUCCAGAUAUUUCCUCAAUUUGAAUUUGUCUUUAUCGAUCAA